AAAGGAUACAUCAUCAUGCGAGUCUCCUCCCUGUUCGCCGUGUGCGUCGCCUCGCUGGUGGCCUCAUCUCUGGCCCGUCCGGAGCCUCCGUCGCCCUACGCCUACCACGGAUUACCCCAGCAGCAGAGCCAGCGGGCUUUGCCACUAAAUGUUCAUCCUCAGGCACCGCAAAUCUACCAAUCGCUGCCCCAGGAGCAGUCAUUUGCAAACUUCGGGGCACCCCAGCAAUCCUACCUGCCGCCCCAGAUGCACCUGGACGCCAUUGAGCCCGUGGCUCCUACUGGACCCGCCUCUGCUGAGCCCCUGAAUCCCUACGAUGACAGCUACAACAUGGCCCACCGCCUGUCGGGAGUGCAGCACGCCAGUGGCUAUAACAACGGCCCCCAGGAGACCAAGGUGCACAAGCACAUCUACGUCCAUGUGCCGCCCAAGGACUUCGAGGAGGAGGAUGCCAUCCAGACGCGCGUCCACCACCAGCAGGGACCCAAGCAGAAGCACUACAAGAUCGUGUUCAUCAAGGCCCCGUCUGCCCCGGCGAUCCGUCCGCCAGUGGUGCCACCGCCACCCCAGAACGAGGAGAAGACCCUUAUCUACGUGCUGCACAAGAAGCCGGAGCAGGAGCAGGACAUUGUCAUCCCAACGCCGCCGCCCACCAAGCCCUCGAAGCCUGAGGUGUACUUCAUCAAGUACAAGACUAAGAAGGAGGAGGCCCCUGUCUAUGGACCACCACCCGCCGACAUGGAGCCCCGCCAGGCCACCGCCGAGGACUUUGCUCCCCUUGCCGAGGUCGCCGACGUCCUGCCACCCACCACUCUGGCUCCGGAACCGGAAAUAGAGCAGCCCGCCGCCGUCCCAGUGCCCGCCGCGAUUUAUGGUCCACCCACGGCCGCUGCCUACACCGGCGAGGAGGUGCAGACCACCCUGCCCGCCGCUCCUGCCAAUCAGUACCUGCCUCCGGCCACCGCACCCACUGCUUUGGCCAUUGAGGAGCCCUCGAUGGCGCCCAUCAUCGUGGAGGAGCAGCAGCCCGAGCAGCGCCUAGCUCCCGCCCACGUGCCCGCCACGAACUACGGUCCUCCCAACCGCUUCUUCCUCAAGAAGCUGAAGUGA